AUGUCCGGUCAGCUGGACGAUAUUCGUCGCAAACGGCUUCAGAGGCUUACAGAAAAUGAAAGUGGAACGGAGGAAGACAAAGUGCCAGAGGCUAAAUCGGCUGCCAUUGCAGGUGCAGGUGAAUACAGUGUGCCAUCGGUUCGAGAACUUGCCAAGGAGUGCUUCACUUCACCAGUUGCGGAAGCCUCAGUUUUAAAUACCGUGGAGGUCAUGGACAAUGAAAGUUCUGACCCUGCGGAAAAUCCUCCUAAUUCUACUCAGCCUGCCAGCUUUCUUGGUGACGUGUUAAAGAUUCUCUCAGAUGGCGACUGCUCAGACGUCUCUUUUGAACUUUCCAAGUGCAUCUCCAAUGUUCUAGUUAGUCAUCUCUCACUGGUUUGCCAGGGCGUUUUUUCCCUUCCUGCCUGUCUCCAGGAAGACACUGGCACUCCUAGUCAAGCUCAAUCCACGGAAAGUCUUUCAGAUAACCCCUUACUCCAUCUUAUACUGGAUGAAGUACGAAAUACGACAUUGGGCACUGACUCAUCCGGUGUUUUGUCUAAUUCUCCUCCGUCUUUCAUUGCGAAAAUGAAGUCCGGCAACUUCUUCUCAGCCCUUGAGAGUCUUGCCUCAGCACUUUCCGUUGAAACUAAUUCAAAGGAAAAAGUAGUUACUCCUAUAUUCAAGAAAUUGCUUCAGGAUUUAAAUUUCAGGAUGCGCAGUUCUUCAAUUGAAGAUGACAACCACACUACUUUCCUAGCUGCUCUCGGUCAACUUUCAGGACUCGUUACGGUUGAUGGUAAGCGUCCCGUCGCUUCACUGAUGGUGAUGCUGCCGAAUUGGAAACCUCCGUUGAGCUCAUUUGCCAGCGCCCAUGGCAAAAUUGUUGAGCAGCUGACCUUCCUAGGCCCUUUCCUCAGCUCCUCAGUCUUCGCCGAUGACGAUAACACAAGAGCCGCCGUGCUGGACUUUCUUUCAGAUGGCAUCCUCCUCAACUUACCUCGUAGCCAGCUCCACUACGACAGUGAUAUGUUAGCGAGUGAGGGCUUCAUGCUCAAUAUAUCCGUUCUCUUUCAACGUCUUUCUGCGCCCAUUGAUCAGACCUGCGUCGAUCCAAAUUAUUUGUACAGCUCCCACUGCCGAGUGGACUUAAAGGAUAUUACACGCCUCGAUGGGACCAUGGAAGACGCACAGGCUUAUGUGGAACAGCUGGCACUAGAGUCCACGCCUCCACCUAAAUUCUCCACCGAGUGCUUUUACUUUACUGCCUGGGCCCUGAACUGCGGCCUCAUGUCCAGCAUUCGCAAACAUCGACACCACAUCACCAAAACCGAACGCCUCCUUGAGCGUACCAAGUUGGAAUUGGCCUGUCAGAAGCGGGCCCUCUUCUGCAGCGAGACCGUCCUCAUGCACAAAAGCCUGCUGCAGUCCAUGUCUGUCUACUACGCCUCUCUGGCACAGUUCAUCAUGCGCGUGGCAGAAGCCGACACGGUUACUUGUGUAUCGAGGUCGAAAGUCACUCCGAAACAGUUCGCCUUCCUGCCGGAAUUCUUUGUGGACGACAUCGCAGACUUUCUGCUUUUUGUUGCUAGGUACUUGACGUGCAUUUUUUAUUAA